AUGCUGCCAAACAAGAUGGAAGGAGAAUCCAAUCUGCUCGAUACAAAAGAGACAACAGACAUAAAUAUCCAUAAUGAUAGCACAAAUUAUUACCAAGAAGCACUAGAGAAGGAAAUGGAGAACAGACAACAAGAAUUUGAUGAUGAACAAGAUGAAAAUAAGGAGAAUUACGAUCCUAAUAUUCCUCCAGAAUUCGAACCUAUCGAAGAAGAAACCUUUGAACCUCCUAAAAUUGAGAACCAAAGACCCACAACUGCCAAGAAGAAGAAGGCUAAGAAGGCUAAAGUACCUGCAGCUAGGAAAAAUUACCAGUUUUUAAAAUAAACUUAAGAUGAAGUUGGUGGAUAAGAAGCAGAACAAGUAUCAUAAUGAAAAGAGCGCCAAAAUUAGGCGUAAUGAGAAGUGGUCCGAGAGCAUAGUUCUCAAGCAAAAAGUCAUCUUUGACCUUGGGUCAAUGGCAAUGCUUAGUAAAAUUCAUUUCUUUAAGAUGAAAGUAGCAUGUCUUAAUGUUUACCUUGCUGAAGCUCAUAAGGGACCUUAUGUUAAGGUCUGAGAUCAAAUAAAUCUUCCUCAUGGACAAGAGAGAGUUAUUAAGGUAGGAGGACUUCCUUGAAGAUUUCUGAUGAUUGAGAUGGAGAAAGGAGCUCCCUUAAGAGAAGCUUAUAAAAAUAUUGAGUUAUAUGGUCUCUAUUACAAGGAAAUGGAUGGAGUCCUCGGAACAGGUUAUUGUGAAAUGCUAUUUGACAAUGCAUAUGAAAUGAUUUACCACACUAAAGAUCUUACAGAAUAA